UCUCGGAAGGAGCGAGCCGGGGAGGGUGCGACAGAGCAGCGAGCCCUGGGCGGGGUCGGAAAGGGUCGGCUCCCCAGAGUGACCUUAUCCAGUCCCCUCGCCUCUCUGGGCCUCAGUUUCCCUCUUCCUAGCGUAGAGGGGUGAGAGGUUCGCGCCUAGAGGAACGCACUUCUUCCUCCCCGGUGCACAGCAGCAUCACCGCCUAAACCCGGCUCCUCCAAGAAGUCUGUCCCUCGGGGAGCGCGUCCAGACCAGCUGGACGAAACAGUGGCCCACACCUCCCGUGACCCACGGCACGCCAAGCGCACCCCCUUAGCGAGUAUACCAAGCCAUUCCGGUGUCAACGAGCCAGCCUCCCGCAUUAGACUCUCAGCCCUGAGCGAUCAGAAAGCUAAUCGACCGUUUCUGGGACCCGGAGGCCUAGCACCAGGAGCAGCCCGGAGCAGGUGCACAGGCCCCGGUUAUGAAUAAGAUCCAGCUCUCUCUGGCGACUGGGUAUGUGCAAGGGGCCUACCCCUGAGUCCAGAUGACACUCCUGCCGAUGGCUUCAGUAAUGGCAGUGACUGAACCAAAAUGGGUCUCCGUCUGGGGCCGCUUCCUGUGGGUGAUGCUGCUGAGUAUGGUACUGGGGUCCCUGCUGGCCCUGCUGCUGCCGCUGGGGCCCAUGGAGGAGCAGUGUUGGGCCUGGCUCAAAGGCUUCUACCUGCUCAGGAGCAAGCUGGACAGGGCACAGUAUGCCAUCACCAAGUGCACCAGACCAUCCACGGAGCUCAGUGUCACCUCCAAGGACGCAGCACUGCUGGUGGUCAAGACCAAGGCCUCUCCGGGUGGUACGUUGGAAGCCAAAGCGGCUUUGAACCAAGCCCUGGAAAUGAAACGCCUGGGCAAGCGGGAGAAAGCCCACAAGCUCUUCUUGCACGCCCUCAGAAUGGAUCCGGACUUUGCGGACGCCCUCACUGAGUUUGGCAUCUUCUCCGAAGAAGAAAAGGACAUCAUCCAGGCAGAUUACUUGUACACCAGAGCGUUGACCAUCUCUCCCUACCACGAGAAAGCGCUGAUCAACCGGGACCGGACGCUGCCGCUGGUAGAGGAGAUCGACCAGCGGUACUUCAGCAUCAUCGACAGCAAAGUGAAGAAGGUCAUGUCCAUCCCCAAGGGCAGCUCCGCGCUGCGCAGGGUCAUGGAGGAAACGUACUACCAUCACAUCUACCACACGGUUGCGAUCGAGGGCAACACCCUAACCCUCUCGGAAAUCAGGCACAUCCUGGAGACCCGCUACGCCGUGCCAGGGAAAAGCCUGGAGGAGCAGAACGAGGUCAUUGGCAUGCACGCGGCAAUGAAGUACGUCAACACGACGCUGGUGUCCCGCAUCGGCUCGGUCUCCAUCAGCGACGUCCUGGAGAUCCACCGGCGGGUGCUGGGUUACGUGGAUCCGGUGGAAGCUGGCAGGUUUCGGACGACACAGGUCCUCGUGGGACACCACAUCCCACCGCAUCCUCAAGAUGUGGAAAAGCAGAUGCACGAGUUCAUACAGUGGCUCAACUCCGAGGACGCCAUGAACCUGCACCCAGUGGAGUUUGCAGCCUUGGCCCAUUAUAAACUCGUUUACAUCCAUCCUUUCAUCGACGGCAAUGGACGGACCUCGCGCCUGCUGAUGAAUCUCAUCCUGAUGCAGGCGGGCUACCCCCCCAUCACCAUCCGCAAGGAGCAGAGGUCGGAGUACUACCACGUACUGGAAGUCGCCAAUGAAGGCGACGUGAGGCCGUUCAUUCGUUUCAUUGCCAAGUGUACGGAGACCACCCUGGACACCCUGCUCUUCGCCACAACAGAGUACCCGGUGGCGCUGCCAGAGGCCAAACCCAACCAUUCUGGGUUCAAGGAGACGCUGCCUGUGAAACCUUAACCUUCUAAAUCCUCCCUUGGAGACGGGAUGUCCGGGAGGA